AUGUCAGAAGGAGUUGGUUGUUUGUUGGGGGGAAAAGGAGAAGAUGAAAUUUUUGAGGAAGAUGAAGUCAUGUUGAUUGGUGAUGAUAAAAUGGGUGACGAUGAAGGUAAUAUGGUUGUGGAUUAUGUAAAGGGGAGUGGGGAAAGUGGAGGAUAUUGCACUCCAGAUGAGAAGGAGUGCAAGUCUAUGGUGAACAUGGACUGUGUUAGCGUGAACCCUCCUGAGGUGGGUAUGAUUUUUGAUACGUGGCAAGAAGCGGAUAUGUAUUACAAUGCGUAUGAUACAAGGAAGAAAAUUGGUGGGAAAAGAGUGGCAAAAGAGUUAGAAAGGGAACCCGUAGCAACGAAGAAGUCCAAAAAAUGUGGGUGUCUUGCAAAGGUAUAUGCUUGGUUGUUGGAUAAUGGGAAAUGGGAGUUGAAGAAGGUGGAGUUGGAGCAUAGGAACCAUAAUCCAACCCCUUCCAAAGCAUUGCUAGUUCCAAAGUAUAGGUUGACAGAGUUAGAGAGGAUGCCCUAUGUUAGGAAAAAGCUUAAAUUUGCUGAUGAUGUUGGGAUCAACACUUCAACUAUGCAUAACUUGAUGGCUAGCGAGAGGAAUGGCCUAGAGAAUAUGCGUUUCACUAGGAAGGACUUGCAUAACUUAAGGGCGAGGGAGAAGAAGCUGAAAUUCAAAGAUGGAGAUGCGAAUGCAAUGAUGAAUUAUUUUCAGAUGAUGCAGAAGAACAACAAGAAUUUCUAUCACAUGCAACGGUUGCAUAAGAACAGUGUACUACAAGAUGUGUUGUGGGUCGAUGCUCGUAGUCGAGCUGCGUACGAAGACUUUGGGGAUGUUACAACCUUGCUUGGUUGUGCCCUUAUUUCUCAGGAAAACGCUGAAACCUUCAAGUGGGUGUUUUCUACUUGGAUUGAUGUUGUAGGGAGGAUCCCUCCGAUGGCUAUUUUGACUGAUCAAAAUGCAGCCAUGCGCAAAGCAUUUAAGAAUGUUAUUUCACAAACAAGGCAUAGAUGGUGUCUCUGGCAUAUCACUGAAAAAUUUGGCAGCAAGUUAGGGAAGUGUAAAGGGUAUGCUGAAUUUAAAGAGGAGCUAAAAAAUAUUAUUUAUGAUAGUUUAAAGCGGGAAAUGUGGAUUCCGGCGGCAAUGAAGCACAUGUUUUCGGCUGGAAUGAAGACAACUCAAAGGUCGGAAGGCAUUCAUAAUUUUUUUGAUGAGAUUUUUGAUAAGCAUACUAGUCUGUGUGAUUUUGCUGAGAGAUAUGUUAGAGCUAUGGAACACUACAUUGAUGCUGAAAGUGACAUUGACAAGAACGAGAAACCAGUAAACAGGUGGAAAAUGUACCGGGUGUUGUAUAAUGCUAAAACAGAAGAAGUUGAAUGUGAAUGCAUGUUGUUUGAGUACAAUGAGAUUCUUUGCAGGCAUUGCAUUAAUGCUCUUGAGGUCCAACAAAUCCCUGAUGUUCCAAAGAAAUACAUUUUGGAUAGAUGGCAGAAAGAUGUUUACCGCAAGCAUAGUAGAGUAAAAGUAUCAUACCAUGAUUUGUCUAAGAUUACAGAAGUUCUUCGGUAUGAUAAGAUGAUGCUUGCAUUUGAGCCAAUAUCAUGUCUUGAUAGUGAGAAUGAUGAUGCAUUGAGCAUGGUUAUUGCUGGCCUUCAAGAGUUAGAGGUGAACAUUAAGAAGAUAGUGAAACCAACUCUUCCUCUGAGUAGUGUUGGUGAGGCCAAGACUAAGAGCACGCCACAGAGUGUUAACAAGGCAUUGGUUUCAACCCAAUUUCAUAUUCCUUCCUCUGUGGCCAGGAGUGUGAUUGACGGUGGACUUGUGGAGAUGAACAAGCGAUUGUGA